AUGGAGGCUAACCCAAAGCGCUCAAUUUUCGUCUAUCUGAUGGCUUACGCUCUCAAAGGAGAAAUAUCUCUCCACGAUUUUAAAACCCAAAUCGCAACUAUCGCCACUGUUGGCCCAUGGCGUCCGCAUAUCCAGAUGGUCGUCGCGAUUCUCGAGAACCGCCCGAUGGAUGUGCUCCGUAUCGGAGGGAAUCAUGAGUUUGUGGUGGAGGAGGAGAGAAUGGUGGCGGAGAUUUUGGUGUGUUGUGCGGCGGAAUUGAUUCGGGAGGAAUGGGAUAAGGAGAAGAAGGAGAAGGAGGAGAACGGUAGGUUUUGA